GCCAGUCGCUGGUGGUCGUUGUGCGAAGUGGACGUGCGUGAUUGUGUGGUGGGGUGAGGACGUGUUGUAAAUAAACAGGUUGUGUUUUGUUUACUUUAUUAUGGGGGACAAAACAGUUGGAUUUCCACCAGAAACUUAUUCUACUUCGUAUAAUUUACGGAAUGAAAUUAAGCAGUAUCUCAUAAAGAAAGGACUGGCUAUUUUCCACAACGGAGUGCUGACCCCUACAAACCACCAUAAAAAGUGGGACUCCAACAAGGAACACCACUCGGAACGCUGCUGUGUCAAACACAAGCUCCUGUGCUGGCAAUCCAGUGAAACCAGGCGGACCGUUUCACCGUCUGCUUGCACGAAAAAAGUGAGAAAAAGGGAUGAAGAACAUUCGCUUCUCAAAUUCUUAGCCCUGAACGCUUUGGAGCUGACAGCACCUGCGAGUGACGUUCUCCUGCGACAGGGUACUGGUACCUCUCCGGGGCACAAUGGCACCGGACCAGGCCAGUGGUUCCAGCUCAGCGGACACCCAGACGCCUUCGCCCCAGCUGGCCCAGGCACGAUCUGGAAGAAGUGCGCCGGUGGUACGGAACGUGCCGUGUACGAGGCCCUAGCCAUGGAGCCUGCCCUGCAGGACGUAACGCCCCGUUACCUCAGAGAGGUGAGCUACGGAGGUCAAACCUUCAUCGAGCUGGAGGAUCUCCUACACUCCUUCAGAGACCCUCACGUCAUGGACAUCAAGAUGGGCACCAGGACCUUCCUGGAGGACGAGGUGCAGAACAACAAGGCACGCGAGGACCUUUAUAGAAAGAUGGUAGCAUUGGAUCCAGACGCGCCGACACCGGAAGAGCACGAAAUGAAGGCUGUGACCAAAUUGCGAUAUAUGCAAUUCCGGGAAGAACAAAGCUCUACGUGCAGUCAUGGCUUCCGGAUUGAAGCGAUGAAGUUCCGAGGGUCGCCCCCAGUGACGGACCUCAAGUGUGUCAAGAGUGAUGCACAAGUGUUGGAUGCCAUCUCGCUGUUUCUGGGCAACCGUGAGGAUGUUAGACAGAGGCUAGUGGCGAGACUCAACGAUAUCAGGACCAAACUGGAGACCUCCAAAUACUUCAGGCAGCACGAGGUGGUCGGGAGCAGUCUGUUGCUGAUGUACGACGACAGCAAGGUCGGCGCGUGGCUGAUAGACUUCGCCAAGACGAGGCCAGUUCCCGAGAACCUGACCGUUAACCACCGCAGCACUUGGAGCCCCGGCAACCACGAGGAGGGCUUCCUGUUCGGUCUGGACCAGCUGAUCAGAGUCCUGGAGCAGGUCAACACCGGAGCAGAAGAGAGGAGCCCACCCCCUACCACCCCUCUCGCCCUGACCUCCUAGCCCCUGCACCCCAGUCCAGCAGCCCCCACACUCUAGUCCCGCCCCCGACUGACUUGUGAUACCUUCACGCAUUUAGACUUGGCCCGCGGUGGAAUCUCCAAAGAGCGGUCAUGUUGACGCAAUGGUCUUUUUGAUCUCAAGAAGUGUGUUUUGCUGUUUAGGUGGUUAAAAACAUUCCAUUUAGAGAAAAAUUCUUAAAAACUUUUUUAAAUAUUGUAAACUUGGUAAUGUAAAAAGUGUCUUGCCAGGUGUCUUAGCCAAUAUUGUGUGUUUUUUUUAAAUAUUUUCUUUGUACUACUUUAUUUAUGUUCAAUGAAAUUUUAUGCAGGCUUCCAUUUCAAAAUUAUAUUUAAGUUUAUUUCAUUUUCAUUUGAUGGAAUAUUUUUCACCUAUGUUAAAAAGAAAUUUUCUUUAAUUUUUUAAACUUGUUCUAGCCAAUUUUCACUUGUCAGUAAUGCAGUUUGUAUGGUUAUAAAUUAUUUAUUCACUUAGUUUUGGUAUAGUGCCAUGUUGUUUGUGAAGUGGAAGGAAUAAAUGCUAUAAUGUGGUCAGUUUUAACAGUAUUAAGUCGGAUGGACGAUUUUAUUAAGAACUACUUUUCCAGUAAUUAUUUAUUGCUCUAGGAUAGAUCUCCUGUUGUGUUUUUAUACUGUAUAAUGAUGUAAUUGUCUAGAGGCCUCUAGGUAUCUGUACUUACAUUGUACUUAACUCAGUUCUUGUAAUAGUGUAAUGAAGUUUUCUACGUGUAAUACUGUACCAUAUAAAAUAUAUGUUACAUAUUUUGAAAA